AUGAGUUUGAGCGAGUUCUAUUUGUCUUGUCGUGCAGGUGAUCUGGACACUAUUCGACGGCCUCUUCCCACAAUGUCUUUCGAUGCUCUCAACCGUAUUGAAUCAAAUGGAAGUAGAGCCUUACAUGCUGCAUCUCACUAUGGGUAUAUAGACAUUGUUCGAUUACUCUUGGAAAAAGGAGCUCAAAGGCGUUUAUUGAAUAAGUUUAAUCUAACUGCUGCCGACGAAGCUCAGACGUGUGAAAUGAAAGAGCUCUUCGAUCGACCGACAACUGCAGCAGCACAACGAUUUGUUGGCGAAACACCUCAAGUCGAAUGGUCCAAAGCAGGCCUACAUUCUGCCUAUACAGCUUUCGGAAACUGGGAUAAUUCUAUCGAAUUUGAGAGUAUCAAGGCGGCUUUUGACGAAAUAAGAAAUGCACAUGAACUUCAUGAUGCUGUAGGAAUGAAUCAAAUUCGAUAUUUCUUGAAAAUGGCUGUCGAAACUGAAGAUUAUACAUAUUUUAUACGAGCAUACACAGCUGAAACAGAUUUUUACAAACGGUUAAAUCGUUUGCAUGCUCAAGCAAGUCUUGGUUACAUGGAAGCUGAAAGAAACAAAUGGUUCAUCAAAUUUUCAACAGUACUCAAAGGUAAUUUGAAUAUGAGAAAAUAUUAG